AUGGUUCCCCCACUCCCCCAGGAGCUCUUGGACUACAUUUUAGACCACCUCCACGACGACAAACACGCGCUCAAAUGCUGCUCUACAGCCUGCCUCUCCCUCUUACCGACUUCCUCGUUCCAUCUCUUUCAGGAAGUCGCUCUGGGCAGACGACUCUGUGCGCCGACCUCGGAGGUGCUCCGACGUUUCGCCCGUGCUGUCGAAAAAUCCCCCAGACUGCGUACUCAUACGCGUGGUCUAUCGCUUUCCCCACCUCUCCGCACACGUAGAUCGCAAGGCGCGAGCCUCGGUAUCGAUCUCCACGUCCUUCGUGACACCUUAGAGCAGCUGCCCAGCCUCCGGACUAUCGAUUUGAGAUAUGUGCAGAUACUACCGCAUGGACCUGUCCAAUCGCUAUCGCACCCAAGUCUCAGGAAGGUGGUCCUUGGGACGCUGCACCAUCCAGAGCCCUCUAGGCUUCGGGAUAUAUUGCCGCUGUUGUUCGGCGUCCGGCUCGGUACUCUCGUGCUCUUCGGCCAAUGGGCUGAAGAUUCCGAUCCAGUCCAAUACCAAACUCUCUCCCUUAUCCGUGUGUCGUGCCUGUCAUUCCAGGAACGGAAUGCAGACAAUAGUGGAUCCUGCCUUGCCGCACUACGCCUGUCCACGGACCCUGGUUCGCUCCGAGAGCUCCGCAUAGCGCUGGAGAGUCUCGCAACUGCCCAUCACGUCAACAGCCUUGUCCGACAAGGUUCUCCGAACCUGCGUGCGCUGCACUUUGAUCUGACGGAGCUGCGGCUGUCAUGUAUAGGAGGAGGCACCGUCCCGUCUAUUGCGGCCAUCUCCGAAUGUGCUAGCCUACAAGGUAUCUCCUUCAAGCUGACCAUGUGCUCACGGGACGCGCAUCAUGCUCUUAUGAGCACCAUGGCCUGGUCGUUCGUCUUACAAGUUCUGUCGCACGCGCCACCGACUAUCCGGAAAGUCGUUUUCAGCAUGGAGGCAUGUCCUAGAUUCCACAGCCAGUGUGUUCCUGAGACACGCGACGAGACCCAUUCUCUCCGGCUAUCUCGUCUCCAAACUCUACUCGGCAGGUUGCUCGGCCUUGUGUCCGUGACGCUUGAACUGGUCCCCUUAGGGUUUUCACACGAGCCGUUGAUUGAAGAGAUGCGGCAUGCUUUGAAGUGGGUAAAGUCUGCACAUAGUACCAAGUACGAGGUGUCU